CGACAGGAAUAAGAGUGACGAGUAAAGACCAAACAAACUCGUACUUGCUUAUCCCUACCCCUUCGAAUGAUGAGACAACACAUAAAGGUAGUACACAAUGAUGGACAUAAUGAUAGACAGGGAGCAAAAUGGUGGGCUAUGGGCCCUAAGAAGCCCCCCAACAUGACGUACACACCUUGGCUGCUGAGUGUGUAUACUCUCCUGUGAGAUGCAAUUAUACCCCCCAGGCGCUCUCCAACAACCCCUCUAUUGUCCUCCACGCCUUGCGAAACAGGUUAUCUUAGCUACUGGCCCUCAACGCCCCGGAAGUAACCGCAAUCCAUUUGGCUUUGGCUAUCCAUCACCGUUAACCCAAGUUAUCUAUACCCAUAUACCGUGGCCUUGCCUUGUUUCCACCUUCCUCUCACUACCUUCAUUCAUAUAAUUCACCAGAUAUCUUCCUCCGCAGGUGCUAAGUAGGAUCCUCUAUAUCAGCUUGUGCGGGUACACAAACCACAAGUAGUGCCCUGUUCCUGAUCAUGGAGCCAGGAACGGAAGACUCGAAAGACGCGUUACCAGCUGCAAUCAUCGCCCAAGCAGAAGCGGCAUGUGUUGGAAAUGCAGACGAAAUUCGUUCAACACAACAGCGGCAGUCGUCUAUUGCAUCUUGGCCUCACCAGGCGACGUUGGGGGGUGCUCACAGCUCACCCGAAGCUUCUAGCUCGGCCGAUAGGACCUCACAUCCUGGAAAUUUCGAUUUAUUGGGAGUUGAAGGAACAGAAGAUGCUCCACCAAAGUACAGCGAAUUAGAGAUCAGCCAAGAUGGCCUUGACACGAAGGCGAGAGUCACUGAUGAUGGCCGUGUCAAUAUCACCAUAAACCAGAAGACACGGAGAUUAUCUGAGCUCCUUAGCCCUGCAUUGAGGGGCCAGCUAUCCCUGGUAGCACAGGAGGACGAUCAACCAUUACCUCCAGGGUAUAUCCCACCUUCCCUCGGUGGGCAGCCAGGACAGAUUCCUCCGCCAAACCUUAACGUCGUAAUUCUUGUUGUUGGUUCGCGUGGAGAUGUGCAACCAUUCGUCGCGUUAGGGAAGGUCCUGAAAUCUGCCUAUGGGCAUCGUGUACGAUUAGCAACUCACCCAGUUUUUCAAUCGUUUGUGGAAGAAAAUGGCCUAGAAUUCUUCAGUAUCGGUGGUGACCCGGCCGAGCUAAUGGCUUUCAUGGUUAAAAAUCCCGGGUUAAUGCCGGGGAUGGAUUCGCUCAAGAGCGGUGAUGUUGGAAAACGGCGCAAGGGAAUGGAAGAGAUAGUUCUUGGUUGUUGGCGGGCCUGUAUCGAAGCAGGGGAUGGCCUCGGGCCUGCACCGCGAUUGGAAGGGGGUAUAAAUAUGGACACCAACCCUACUGAGAGGCCAUUUAUUGCGGACGCUAUCAUUGCCAACCCUCCAAGCUUUGCACAUGUCCAUGUUGCGGAGAAGCUGGGUGUGCCCCUCCAUAUGAUGUUUACCAUGCCAUGGUCGCCUACUCAGUCCUUUCCCCACCCCCUUGCAAAUAUUCAGUCUUCCAACGCCGACGUGAACAUGACGAAUUUCAUUUCAUAUGCUUUAGUGGAAAUGAUGACUUGGCAAGGUUUAGGGGACCUUAUAAAUCGUUUCCGCGAACGCGUUCUGGGCUUGGAACCAAUAAGUGUCAUAUGGGGCCCAGGAGUGCUGAGUCGACUGAAAAUACCUUGCACAUACUGCUGGUCUCCAGCUCUUAUUCCUAAGCCGAAGGACUGGGGCCGACAUAUCUCCGUGUCUGGAUUUUUCUUUCUGAGUCUUGCCUCCAGUUACCAACCUGAGCCCGAGCUCGCCGAAUUCUUAGCUGCUGGACCACCACCUGUAUAUAUUGGGUUUGGCUCAAUAGUUGUGGAUGACCCAAACUCUAUGACAUCUAUGAUAUUUGAAGCCGUACAGAAAGCCGGAGUCCGUGCUCUGGUAUCGAAAGGCUGGGGAGGACUCGGCAACGACUCUCUUGACCUCCCGGAAGGGGUGUUUAUGCUUGGAAACGUUCCUCAUGACUGGCUGUUUAAACAUGUGUCAUGUGUGGUUCAUCACGGUGGUGCUGGAACCUCAGCUGCUGGGAUUGCUCUCGGAAAACCUACCGUGGUUGUUCCCUUUUUCGGCGACCAACCUUGGUGGGGAGCAAUGAUAUAUCGAGCUGGAGCUGGGCCAGAGCCAAUACCAUAUAAGGAUCUAACUGCAGAUAGGCUUGCUGCUGCCAUUGCUGAGGCGCAUAAACCGUCGACUUUGGAGAAGGCAGAAGAACUCGGGGCCCGCAUCAGCAAAGAAAAGGGAUCCGAAGAGGGUGGGAAAAGCUUUCACGAUCACCUCGAUUGGAAUUCGCUUCGCUGCUCACUUGCACCGAAUAGGGUCGCUGUGUGGCAAGUGAAGAAGACACAGGUUCGACUGAGUGCACUGGCAGCUACAGUCCUCGCCAAUGAAGGCCUCCUGAAUUUUUCGGAUCUUAAACUAUAUCGGCCUCGUGAAUAUGACACGGAUAAUGGACCCUGGGAUCCUAUCUCCGGUGGCGCUUCCGCACUUUUCGGCACAAUCGCAAGCCUGUCAAUGGGUGUAGCUGAUUUUCCAGUUGAGUUAAUUAAAGCCUUUAAACCCAAGCCAGCAUCAACUACCACGGAUAAAACAGCAGCUCUUGACGAGGACGAUGUACCUUCCCCGGCAGGCGGGAGUCCCUCGCCGCCGAAAUAUUUAGCCUCAAACUCACAAUCGCAGUUGAGUUCGUCAUCAGGAAGCCACAGUGGGCCAGUAGAGCGUUCAGCGUCAACAGAUCAAAAAUCGGAACAAAGUUCUUCUUCUCCCGCUCCAAAAGAAACCAAGAAGCAAUUUGACCCCUCUGCUAUUACAUUAGAAUCUGCUAUUGGAGCUUCUAAAGGGAUAUCCCGAGUAGUUGGUGCAGGUAUGAAGUCACCAAUGGACUUCACGUUGGGUUUGGCUCGGGGAUUUCACAAUGCUCCUAAGCUAUACGGCGACGAUACUGUGCGUCCCCAAGAAAGAGUUACUGGCUUCCAGAGCGGAUUGAGAGCUGCAGGAAAGGGGUUUGGAUAUGGAUUUUAUGAUGGUAUAUCCGGGCUUGUUACCCAACCCAUGAAGGGGGCCGAAAAGGAAGGGGCGGCUGGCUUCAUUAAAGGCAUAGGGAGAGGUAUUGGUGGACUUGUAUUGAAGCCCGGUGCUGCAAUAUGGGGCCUCCCUGGUUACACGAUGAUGGGAUUGCACAAGGAAGUCCGGAAAAUGUUCGGAGCAAGUGUUCAGGCCUACAUCAUAUCAGCCAGAACUGCCCAGGGGUACGAGCAGUGGAGGAUCUCGUCCAAAGAGGAACAGCAGUAUAUUAUAAGCCGUUGGCAGGGACUUAAAUCCAAACCUGCAGAGUCAUCGCGCCAUGAUAGUGGGAAAGGGAAACAAGAUCCAAAAGUGCGAUCUAGUGGCGAUGGGUCGCAGGCUCAUAGUGCGAACCUGGAUGAUGAUGAAGAAGCUCUGCGCCGUGCUAUCGAAGAAAGUAUUGCACAUGCUGCCGGACCUAAAACAGAUGGCGUCUCCGAAGCCGAUCAAAAGGCCGCUCUUGAAGCAGCAAUCCAGAGAAGUCUCUCCGAUUCCAAAGGACCUUCUGCUUCUACACACGCAAACGAAGAUACAGAGGAAGAAGAACAACUAAAGCGUGCCAUCGAAGAGUCCAUGCGCUAUCACGAUCGGGAUGUAUCGGCAACAAAGACAGAUGAAGAUAUUGUUAUGGAGUACAUCAAGAAACAGAGCCUCGCUGAGGAGGAACACAGGCAGGCAAUGCACAAACCCGCGCCAUCUGGAGACAAAGAAUGAUCAUAGUAGCUUCUGAUUAAGAGCAGACUAUGAUAAUAGCUAGGACACUGAAAUUAAUGCUUCAUUUCGUCAAAUCCACUGUUUUGUGGGAACUAGUAGACUGCUGGAUAUUUCUCAGCUGCCUUUGUAUCAAGACUUAAGUAAG